AUGAACAAGAAUUGGUUUCAUUAUGACAAUUUUUUUCAGUUCACAAGAUGUCACUUGGACCUCGCUGAUAACUGGUGUCAAGGCAUGAAAGAAAGUAUUCCCACGGACAACGACAUGGCAGUAAGCGGACAAUUUUUCGACCCAAAAUAUGCCGUGAACUCCGUCAGGUCUGGCAGAGAACACAACCUCGCAAUCAAGUACAGAUCCAGUGAAAGCGAUCCGAAGGUGGAAUACGUCGUAAAUUCAACGCAGGGAUCUGACGUGUUCGUCACAAAGACCACAUCGUGCAAAGAUGGCUCUUGCACUACCACACUCGAUGUGUCCCCUGAAACAAACUUUUGUUCCAUCAAAGGCAGUACCCAUGAGUACUUUAAUGUGAAGCUGAAUAUCCAGAACGUCAGUGAAGAGGCUGUCAUGAAGUUUCAUGUUCCUUGUGCUUGUGCAUGCAGUUCUAAGGUCGAGUUGAUGGCGCCGAAAUGCAAUGGGAGGGGAAGCCUGUCCUGUGGAGUCUGUUCUUGUGAUAAGGGAUGGUCCGGUACAUUCUGUGAAACGCCAGUCUGCGAGAAGAAGCGUGGUGAUGUUCCCUGCACGGAUUCGGCGCGAAGUGAUGUCGAAUGUUCGGGGAACGGCGUCUGUGGUCCUUGCGACGAAUGUGUUUGCUUCACCGACCGACUUGGAUCUCAGUACUUCGAAAAGGACAACUUUUGCGCUGACAUCUGCAUGGCAACUAAUGACUGUGAUGAUUGCUUCCACAACCCGAUGCCUGGGAGAUGCGACUUCUGCCAUUUCCCCCUUAUCAAACAAAACCUCAAUGAAUCUCUACUGGAGCAGAAGGAUGAAUUCAAUAGAAAUGUAUGGAUAACGUGUAACGAUACGUUAGACGGUUGCCAUUUUGAGUACGUCGCGAUGAAAGCGAAUGAAGAGACGUAUUAUAUGGUCACAAAGUCCUGUGACCCGGUUGAAGAGAAGCAGGUCACUGGAGGAGUGAAUGUCACACUGCCAAUAGUCCUAGGGAUUAUAGCAGUUGUGGCAGCAGUAGCGGCAACGGCCGGAUACCUCGUGUGGAAGAACAGGCCGCCAGCGCUGCCCCUCAAUGACCCAAUGUACCAGAAUAUUGGUGCCGAAGACUGCACGGGAGAAAAUCCUUUAUACAAACCACCAACGUCGUCUUUCAAGAAUCCAACCUAUGGAAAGUGGUAG